CGUGAUGGGGACAAAGGCGGGAGUCGAGAGGAAACAGUUGCUUCUCUUCACAUUGGCGAUCCUGUUGUGCCCCCUGGUGUUGAGCAAGGGUUCAGUGUACACUUCUGAACCUGUAGUCAAAGUUGCAGAGAAUAAUGCUGCCACAUUAUACUGCUCCUACUCCGGCUUCUCCUCUCCCCGUGUGGAGUGGAAGUUUGUCCAAGGUGACACCACCAGCCUCGUUUGCUACAACAGCAAGAUCACAGCUUCCUAUGAGGACCGAGUUACCUUCUUACACAACGGCAUCACCUUCCAUUCUGUGACCCGGAAAGACACUGGAAUGUAUACGUGUAUGGUCUCUGAAGAGGGUGGCAACAACUAUGGGGAGGUCAGCGUCCAGCUCAUUGUGCUUGUGCCUCCAUCCAAGCCUACAGUCAACAUCCCCUCCUCUGCUACCAUCGGGAACCGGGUGGUGCUGACCUGCUCAGAGCAAGACGGUUCCCCACCCUCUGAAUACUUCUGGUUCAGAGAUGGGAUCAUGAUCCCUACAGAGCCCAAGAGCAACCGUGCCUUCAUCAACUCUUCUUAUACCCUGAAUCAAAAAACAGGGGAGCUGAUCUUUGAUCCCUUGUCAACUUUUGAUACUGGAGCAUACUCUUGUCAGGCACAGAAUGGGUUUGGGUCACCCAUGAGAUCUGAUGCUGUGCACAUGGAAGCUGCGGAGCUGAAUGUGGGGGGCAUCGUGGCAGCUGUCCUCGUAACACUGAUUCUCCUGGGGGUCCUGAUUUUUGGCAUCUGGUUUGCCUAUAGCCGAGGCUACUUUGAGAGAGCAAAGAAAGGGACUUCGGGUAAGAAGGUGAUUUAUAGCCAGCCCACUGCUCGAACUGAAGGGGAGUUCAGACAGACCUCAUCAUUCCUGGUGUGA